ACCUGCCCUUGCCCUUGCCCUAUGCCCUAUUUUCCUUUUUAGACAACCCAAUCAGCAUCGACCUGUCUGGACUUUCUCUAGACCGAGGGAGAAUCUUCAUUAUAUCAAACCUUCCAGGUUGUUUCGAGUCUCAAGCCUGGUCAACACGCAUCUACCUGCUCCUUCUAUCUUGUCACUUGUUCCAAGUGCUUUGCCCCCCCGUCUCGUCUGAUAUUAUCCCGAUUUAUACCCCUACGCCAUGGCCAUGAAUAAGAUUCCCGGCCAAAAUAUCUACAUCGGAGGCAUAUUUUCGCUCAAGAAUAAAGCAGCCUUGAGUAGAGCAAACAUUACACACGUCGUUUCUGUGUUACGACUCGGAAAAUCAGACACUAUUUUUGCGGAUUUCCAGCACCACAGCAUUGAAGUCGAUGAUGUCGACGACGAAAAUCUCCUAGAACAUUUCCCCUCCGCCAUCAAGUUUAUUCAAUCUGGGUUGGAUGCGGGUGGCAGUGUGCUUGUCCAUUGUGCAAUGGGCAAGUCCCGAUCUGCGACGAUCUGUAUCGCAUACUUGCUCCACCGACAACCAACCGCGUUCACACCACAGUCCGCUCUGGCUCUGAUCAGAGAAUCCCGGCCAUUAUGUGAGCCAAAUACAGGCUUCAUGGAACAGCUGUCUAUUUAUCAUGAGAUGGGGUGCCCCGCGGACGUUCUGGAGCAUCCACUCUAUACUCGCUGGAUGUACCAUCGAGAUGUUGAGGAGAGUGUCGCAUGCGGGCGUGCCCCUGAGAUGGCGUCGAUAUUAUUCGAAGAUGAGCAACCACAACAACACCCUGAAUCCACAACCCGGACAACGGAGAUUAAAUGUCGCAAAUGCAGGCGCAAACUUGCAACGGCGCCAUUCGUUGUACCGCAUGGGCCACACAAGGAUGCAAAAGCUUCAAUGACUUCGCAAUGCGCUCACAUCUUCCUACACCCUCUAACAUGGAUGCGACCAAGUCUCUUCCCCAACAGCCAUGAGGUCUCGGGCGGCUUGCCAUCCGAAGAUGCCCCGUUAUCAGGCCGGCUGACAUGCCCCAACCCCGCCUGCGAUUCUAAUAUUGGCAAGUUCGCGUGGCAAGGAAUGCAAUGUAGCUGUGGCGAGUGGAUUGUCCCCGCCAUCGGGCUUGCAAAGGCUCGAGUCGAUAUCUCGGAACAAGUCACCAUCAGACCGGGAACUUUACCUCCUGGGAUUCGUUUGCCACCAGGCAUGAGGCCUGGCCCCGUAGACGAGUCAGGAACUGGGCGGGGAAGUCUUUAAGUAUCUUAGCACUUGGAUAGCCUGAGAACGAAUUCUUAUACGAGAGUCGAGACAGACGGCGCACGGAUCCCCAUCACCAAGGCUAGGCAUUAGUAGGUCACAACUUUAGCCCACGAAAGCUUGAGUACAACUAGUGCGACCAAUUUAUUUUGGCUCCCCAGGCUUGCAGGCAUGCAGAAUGUUCCAGCCACUAGCGUAUACCAAUCCACGCGAGCACUUUCAAUCCCAAAUUCAUUUCGGAGAAGAGGAAAC